GUCUGCAGACUAGCGUGCAUCAUGCUGCAUGAUCCCUGCCCAUCUGUAGCUCCAGUGUUUCUUAUAUCCUGUGUCACCAUCCCGCGAGACAAAACACACCAAAUUCCAAUUUUCCCACCGAUUCAAGAUAUCCAACGAAAUGACAGCCGCCAAAGACAAACCAACCAAACGCCCAGACGGCCGCUACGACAACGUCGAUUUCACAAAAGCAGUUGGCUUCAAGCUGCCCACCGUAAAAGCGAGCUACCUACGCCGCGACGUGCUCCUCUUCGCCAACGCAAUAGGCUGCACCAAAGAUGAACUCCACUUCCUCUACGAGCUGCAUCCCAACUUCUCCUGCUUCCCCACCUUCCCCAUCAACCUCCCCUUCAAGCAGACAGACCCAGACGUCUACGACUUCUUCGCCCGCGCCCUGCUCACCGACGUCCCCGGCGUCCCGCCCUUCGACCCCCAGCGCUCCGUCGACGGCGAGCGCGGCAUCGAGAUCCUGGCGCCCAUUCCCGUGUCGAGCGCGGGCCUGGAUCUCGAAAUCAGCCCGCAGAUCGUGGGCGUGUACGACAAGGGCGGGAACAUGAUUCAGGAGAUGGUGCAGCGCGUGGUGGAUGCCAGGACCGGGACCGUGUACGCGGAGCUGACGAGCAAGGCGUUUGGCAUCGGGCAGGGCGGGUAUGGCGGGCCUCCUGGCCCCAAGACGCCGAGUUAUAGCCCCCCGCAGAGGACGCCGGAUGCCGUGCACGUGUUCCAGACGACACCUGAGACGACGCUAUUAUAUCGGCUGUGCGGGGAUUAUAAUCCCAUCCAUGCAGAUGAUGGGUUUGCAAGAGAGGGCGGGUUCAAGGGCGCGUUUCUGCAGGGGCUGGGCACGUGGAAUAUUGCGGCUCAUGGGGUGUUGAGGGAGUUGGGGGGGAGUGAGGCUGGGCGAUUGAGGAGUUUCAAGGCGAGGUUUGCAAAGAUUGUGUAUCCUGGAGAUGCAUUGGAGACGAGAAUGUGGAGGGUCGGCGAGAAGACGGUUGAGGGGAGGGUGUUGGAAGAGAUCAUCUUCCAGACCGUGGUGCAGGAGGAUGGACGGGUGGUGUUGAGCAAUGGGUUUGUGGAGUUGUGGAAGAAAGGACUGGAGAGCAAAUUGUAGCUUUGGAAGUGCAAGAUGAUCGCUUGACAUACUGAUAAGCCAUUCAGGUUU